AUGCUCUAUAUAUUGUAUGGGUCACUUCUCUCGCUUAUGUUUCAAGUCUAUUCAUAUCUAUCUAACUUACUGCUCAUUAUCUAUCUAUCUAUCUAUCUAUCUAUCUAUCUAUCUAUCUAUCUCAGUCUAUUCAUAUCUGAUCUAUUCAUAUCUAUCUAUCUAUCUAUCUAUCUAUCUAUCUAUCUAUCUGAGUCUAUUCAUAUCUAUCUAUUCAUCUAUCUAUCUAUCUAUCUAUCUCAGUCUAUUCAUAUCUAUCUAUCUAUCUAUCUCAGUCUAUUCAUAUCUGAGUAUUCAUAUCUGCGUCUAUUCAUAUCUAACUAUCUAACUUACUGUUCAUUAUCUAUCUAUCUAUCUAUCUAUCUAUCUAUCUAUCUAUUUCAGUCUAUUCAUAUCUAUCUAUCUAUCUAUCUAUCUAUCUAUCUAUCUAUCUAUCUAUCUAUCUAUCUCAGUCUAUUGAUAUCCGAGUCUAUUCAUAUUCAUAUCUAUCUAUCUAUCUAUCUAUCUAUUUAUCUAUCUAUCUAUCUAUUAGACUCACGAGUCAACUUCCACUAUCUAUCUAUCUAUCUAUCUAUCUAUCUAUCUAAUUCUGUUUAUGAAUUUAUUCAUAUCUCUCUGAUCGUAACUGACAGAUUUCGUUUGCAUUUAUCUUCUGUGUCUCCCUUCGUCUAUAUAGCUCGUUUUGACCAAUAUCUAUCUAUCUAUCUAUCUAUCUAUCUAUCUAUCUAUCUAUCUAUCUAUUCGAAAAUUAUAGCAUAA